GGCGACGCUGGUGUGCACAACAAACAUCUCUUUCAAACUUAAAACGUCACCAAACUUCAAAAAAAAAUACGCAAAAUGUAAUUAAAAUGGUUCUGUUAUGAAUGCACCCAAAGCAGGCACUUCGCGGGUCCAAAUGGUCGUUUGGGACGUGAGCUAUCAGACAAAACUAGUUCCAUCCGUCUGAGUCAUGGAAAGCAGCAUCGAGAAGUUUGUCAACUUGAGAAAGCGUCUUGGCCAGCUGGGUUACAAGCAUCCUCUUGGAAUAGAAUCACUGCCACUAGUUGAGAAACUAUUCAGCGAUCUAGUCCGUACUACUGAAAGCCUGCGCAAUGCAAGACUGUCACAAGGGAAGAACGAGAAAGAAUGCCUCAACUGUGAUGUUCUUCUGGAGCCAUACAGGGCAGAUAAUGCCCGACUGGUCAAGGAGAACAAUGAAGUCCACCAGGAGCUUCUGAAGGUGAAGGAGGAGAAGGACCAUGCCACCAAAGAGCUGAAAACCCGCAUCAGAAAACUGGAACACCAGACUUGUGACCUGACAUUCCUUAACAACCAAUACAUGCACAACCUGCGCUGCCUGGAGAAAGACGGCAAAACCAAAACCGAGCGCAUCCUGGAGCUCCAGGAAAAGAACUUGCAAGCAGUGGUGCAGACGCCAGUCGGCCGUGUCCUAGGUGGAAAAAAGCGCAGCAUCCCUUUCAGGCGUCCGAGGAUGCAAACAGAUGAGCUCAUCCCUCCACCCGCGACAUCAGCUUACCCCGUACCCCAGCCAGGCGACCCGUACACAGCAGAUCUCCUGCAGUUGGCUGAUAAAAGAAUUCUUGAGCUGGAGGAAGAAGUCACAAAAAUCCACUAUGCGCUGGAAGAUUCCCAUGAAUGUAUACAACUGUUAAAUACUCAAGUGUCCGAGAGGGACAGAGAGAUCGAGCGUUUGAAUCGUUCACUUCACGGAGGGCGACCCCGUGAUGUCAUCUCUUUGGAGGCUCAGAACAUCAGCAAUGAAAAACGGAUUGCCCAACUUAACCUUCAAAUCGAUUUCUUGCAAGACAACAAUAGGACGCAACAGCAGAUGUUGGAGAGACUGCAGCCGAAUGGGAUGGAGAUGGAUAAGGAGCGGGCCUUGGAAAUGGCUGAUCAGGAGUUGCUAGAUACUAAAGAAACAAAUAGUCGUCAAAGGGAGGUCAUUGAAAAUUUUAAGGACAACUUUAAAAAGAUAAGAGCGGAACAUUCCGAGAGAGUGUUUGAGACAAGUUCACUUGCUGACCAGCUGGUGGAGCUCAGAGGGCAGAAUGAGAAACUGGAGGCAAAGGUAGACUUCAUAGAGACAGAGAAAGUCAGGCUGCAAGACAAAGUGGAGAAGAUGAUGUCCGCUGAAAGAGACGUAGUGCUGGAAUUGGAGGCCAUGCGAGCAAAACACGGCGUUUGCGGAAGGGAUCGCUCCCCGUCGCGUUUAGACGCCUUCGUGAAGAGUCUAGAGGAGGAGAGGGAUCGCUACCGCCAGGAAGCCGAACACUGCAUGAGAUUCAGAGGAGCCAACCGCCCCAGUCGCGGCAGUCCAGACAGGAGCAGAAGUCCAGGGCGCAAGGGAGGCGUUGAGGAAUCUGAGUUUCUCGCUUUAUUGAAGGAAAGAGAUGAGAUGAAGGCGGCUCUGGUGGACGUGGAGAAGCACGCGGAAGACAUCCAGACGAAAGUGAAAGCUCUUAGCGCUGAAAGAGACCACUUCAAAAUUAUGUUUUACCAGACACAAGAGAAGCUGGAGGAUGCCCGUGUAAGCUCAAGCACAUCUGAUGACGUCUUGAACUUAAGAGAGGAGCUAAAGCUGGCAGAGAAUGAAAUCAUGCAGGUUAAUGCACAAAGAGAAUUACUGAUGGAGGAAUUUAAGGUGGAAGGAGAACUGGAAGAUGUGCGGUCGGAGGCAGAGCUGCCGAAGAAGCAGCUGGCAAGCAAAAGGCAGAUCGUCCGCACCCCGAAUACGCUGCUCUCCACCACUCCCCAAAGGGAGUUACAAACCAACCUGGCGGCCAGCGAGAAGGACUCUUAGUAGAAAGCGUGACCGGUUCACCCUGGCCCAAAGGUGAAUUCAAAGGUUGUAUUUUAAAGGUGAACAUUAAACCUUGAGACUUCAGUUCAAUGAGUGUCUUAAGGCAACAAACCUUUCAGUUUGGGCCACAUACAGAAUUAUUAAAGAAUGUGGAAGUGCACCUUUUUGUGCAUUUAUGAGAAUGUAUGAGCUUAUUUUGAACACAGACAACCAUCUACACAUUUGAAACAAUUAAGCAUCUCCAAUACAAUAUAUUCAUCUGCAAAAAAAAAACUUUAUAUCAAUUCGUUGCCGGCUGACUGAAGCAGCAACUCAGAAUCCUGUGCUAAAAUAGUGCAUCCUGUUUAGAGACUGUCGCAAAAAUCUGUAUUGAAUUGCACGUAGAGAACAUUUUCAAUCGUCAAUAGCUUUUUGGUCAUGUGAUCUAAAACCUAAAAAACACUUUAAUUUUGUUUGUUCAUCAUUACUUCACUUGGCUCACACAAUGUUUUUUCCUGUUCAUCAUCUAUUUGAUUUUUCUGAACAUAUUUAAAAAUGUUGUCUAUAGCUUUUUAGUCACGUGACAUAGAAACCCAAACCCACUUUCAUAUAGUAGUUCAUCAUUACUAUACUUGGCUCACACGUUGCGUUUUUUUAGUAUAUCGUUUUUAGGAUGUUUUUUUAAACAUUUUUGGAAAUUUUUAAAGACUUAUUAUAUUACUCUAGUUGUAUUCUAUUUACAUUUUUACCAUAGUUUAUUUUGCUAGUGCUUGUUUAAUGUAGAACCAUUGCACAUUAAAACAAUUCCUAGUCUUUGAACCCAUUCACUGACAAUGGCAAUAAAAAGCUUUUGAUUCUGAAAAUGUUAUGAUCUAUGGAGAAAACAUGUGAGCCUUAGAUAUGACUCAAUAAGUAAGUAAAGUCUCUGUGCAUUCUGUAGUUUACCUUACAAACGUAUUUCUAAUUAAAUAUAAUGAUAUAUGUAUAAUAGAUAUUGGUUCAGAGCAGCACGGUGGAACAGGGACUGGUGCAUGUGCCUCACAAUACGAAGGUCCUGGUUUCGAUCCCCAGGAUCGGGGUCUUUCUGUGUGGAGUUUGCAUGUUCUCCCUGUGACCGCGUGGGUUCCCUCCGUCUACUCCGGCUUCCUCCCACCUCCAAAGACAUGCACCUGGGAAUAGGUUAAUUGGCAACACUAAAUUGGCCCCAGUGUGUAAAUGUGAGUGUGAAUGUUGUCUGUCUAUGCGAUGAGGUGGCGACUCGUCCAGGGUGUACCCCACCUUCCGGGCCGAAUGCAGCUGAGAUAGGCUCCAGCACCCCCCACGACCCGAAAGGGAUAAGCGGUAGAAAAUAGAUGGAUGAAUGGAUAUUGGUUUACGAUAUAAAAAAUAAAUAUACAUAAAUAAUGGAUUUAGAAUCAAAUUAUAGCCCUUGAAUUGUAAUUGAAUCAUUAGGUGCUCAAAGAUUAUUUACUCACCAAUAACAAAGUACACUCAGUACAAAAGCUGCCCUCAAUUAA